UGUCAAAUAAAUUUAUUAACAUAACCCUAAAAUUUUCGAAUUUUCAACAUUGGAAAUUGAAAAAUAUUUCACAUAUGUUAUUUUAUGUAAAAGAAUAUUUAUAUUUAUUGUUUGUUAAUUUUUUAUGAAAAUAGAAGUAUGAGUUUCCUGCAGGAGUUUCAGGUAGUCGUGCUAGCUGCUGGUAAAGGCUCAAGAAUAUCAGAAAUUACCACAGGAAAGCCUAAAUGCCUUUUGCCCAUAGGACCAAAACCUCUUGUUUGGUAUCCCUUGUACAAACUACAAUCAUCAGGUUUUCACGAUGUUAUUUUGGUUGUUCUGGAACAUCAAAAGACUGAAAUUCAGAGUACAUUGGAAAAGAGUGAUUUGGAAAUAAAAAUAGACUAUUUCACCAUAAGUGACAAUGAAGAUCUAGGUACUGCUGACAGUUUAAGACUCAUCCAUGACAAACUGAAAUCAGAUGUGUUAGUAGUAUCUUGUGAUUUUAUUAGUGACGUGAAUCUGAAGGGACUCCUAGAUCAGUUUAGAGCAAAUAAUGCAUCUGUUGCAUCUUUAUUAAUACAACCCCAAAGCAAUGAACCCAUUAUUGUGCCAGGGCCAAAGUCUAAACACAAACCAGAACGAGACUUGAUUGGUGUUGACACACAGACAAACAGAAUUGUAUUUUUGGCAUCUGCUAGUGAUUUCGAAAAUGAGAUCUCGUUACCCAUGUCUCUCCUAAAUAAACACACAAGCAUUAAAAUGUACAGCAACCUAACCGAUUCUCACAUAUAUGUACUCAAAAAUUGGGUUAUAAAGUAUCUUAAAAGUGAAGAUAGUUUUACUUCAUUGAAAGGCGAGCUGUUACCACACAUUAUUAAAAAGCAGCUAGGAAGGCCACCGAAACCGGUAGACACAAAAGAAUCCAUACUAAAUACAAAAGAUUCAGGAGACAUAUUUGCAUAUGCUAAAGAAGAUGAACUGGAAUUAGCAAUUAGAAAGCUAUCAUCUUUUAAUGAUCAUACAGGUGAUUUGAAAGACGUUUACCAUGGAGAUCCUAUAAGAUGUUACGCCUAUAUAGCACCAAAGGAUAUUUUUGGAGUUAGAGUUAAUACCUUAGCAGCUUAUUGGUCAACGAAUGCUAAGAUCCUUGAUCGAUGGAGUAGAUUGACAAAUUCAAAAGAACUGACCCUUAAGUCUUCGAAAGCAGUUAUUACUUCCAAUCAAGUAGACGACAAGUGUAUUAUAUGGGAAAAUGCCAAACUUAAUGAGAAGACGUCCUUUAAAAACGCUAUUAUAGGAGCAAAUACUGAAGUGAAAAGCUUUAGCAGAGUAUUUAAUAGCAUCAUAAUGAAUAAUGUUAAUAUUCAUGAAAAAGUUGCUUUAGAAAACUGUAUAGUUUGUGAUGGAGCUACAAUUGAAAAUGGUUGUAAAAUAAAAGGUUGUAUCAUAGGAAGCAAUCACGUGGUUUCGGAAGAAUCGGAGCACACAAAUGAAGUUCUUACCGAGUCAGAUAGGUUAAUGGAAUUUUAAUAUAAGACAUUGUAUAAAAUACUAAAUUACUUUUAUAAACACUAUUAAACUA